AUGCUCGCCACCUCGUCUUCUGAUUACUUCUAUGGGAAUUUUCCCAACUCUAAAUACUGUAGCGUUGCGCCGGACACUUCAGAGGCGUACUCAACCACCCCUCCAUCAUCUCCGACGCCUCAAGUGGAGACCACCGUCGACCUCCAUCUCCCGCUGUCUCUCAGCGAAACCAUCAAGGCCGUGCAACAACUCUGCAGCGGGAAAGCGUCCGGAUCGGACGCGAUUCCUACUGAGAUCUACAUGCACGAUGGUUCUCACCUCAUGGAUCCUCUGACUGCGCUAUUCCAGGGGGUAUGGCGUCGAGAAGAAGUCCCGAAGGAUUUCAAGGAUGCGAAGAAUCGUGCACCUCUACAGGCGGGAAGGAAACCACCAAAUCUGCGACAACCACUGAGGCAUUUCUCUGUUGAAUAUCGCCAGGAAGAUCAUCGGUCGUAUUAUUCUGAACCGCCUGGACAAAUAUCUGGAGCAGGGUCUCUUGCCGGAAGGCCGAUGGGGCUUCAGUCGUCAUCGUGGGACCACGGGCAUGAUCAUCGGCGCCCGUCAACUUUAGGAAAAGUGUCAGUAGAUGCGGACCAACCUCUCUUCUACAUUCAUGGAUCUGACGAAAGCCUUCGACAUGAUGGUCAUGCAUCACCCCCCACCCGACCGCAAAAAAAGUUUACGGCGCCCAACCGUAAUUAGUGGACUUCACAUAUCUGGGCUGCACUCUCUAUCGCGGCACCAAAAUCAACGAUUAAGUGGCACACUGGUUUUCCAAGUCCAGUCAAGCCUUUGGUCGUGUUCAAAAUACAGUUUGGAAACGCCACGCUCUUCAACUCAACACGAAACCGAAGAUGUACAAGGUCGAUAUCCUACCGACGUUGCUGUAUGAAGCAGAGACCUGGAUGGUCGCUAUGUUGGGACCACUACAACUACGCCGGAGCAGCCAGCUCGUACGGAUGGAGGACGAGAAGCUACCCAGACGACUCUUCUAUGGAGACGUCGCGAGGGGUCCACGACGGCAGGGAGUUUAGUUCCGGCACUACAAGGAUACAAACGCAGAUGCGAGUUCUAGAAAAUUGUAGUGGAUAAGAAGAAGAAGAAGAGGAAGAAGCAGAAGAAGAAGAAGAAGAAUAAGAAGAAGAGGAAGAAGAAGCGAUCGCUGGAACAAGGGCUUUGUUCGCUUGAUGGUUCAGAUUCUCGCUUAAGCCCAUCAUGAGAGACAGUGGCAGAAACGGGUGAUUUGCGCGCGCGAAUUUGCAGCAUUUAUAGGAUGGUUGCACACAGAUCGGAGGCCAUCAUAAGGGGUCAUCUUAUGAGACCAAAAGACCGACUGCAACGGCAAGAAACGUCUGAAGUCGUUUACCGGAUCUGGUGCAGUUGUGGACAAAGCAACUACGUAGGAGAAACUGGAAGAGUGCUACGGACGUGAAUUGCCGAACACGCGGCAGCGGUGAGGAGAAAUGACGCCAACUCCCAGUACGCGGCCCAUUCGACGAGACCAGGCCACACAUUCAAGUUCGAUGAUGUCGAAAUUCUCGCGAGAGGGGAUACUCGCGUGAGCCGCGAGUUACUUGAAGCAUGGUUCAAGCGAGGUCAGUCUAUCAACAAGUGCAACGAUAUCCCCACUCCAUAUUCCGUGCUGAGGCACAGUCUGGCCAAAAUAAUUGACCACUCUGGGAGCGCGCAGGCCGGUGAGCCAGAUGGCCGAGCAAUCAUCACGCCAGUAUCCAACACGGGUGAUGAGAUUUCGGAAAUUAGCAACUUGCAUGCCGGCCAUCAAGUAAUUAGCGCAGCAGCGGACAACAAUUCUUGAUGAAGGGGAGCGCGGUUAAUUACUUUGGAUAUGCGGUAGCAUAGCGACUGCAUCCUAUAAACACUACAACUUCCUGUGUGCGAAUCACCCGUUUCUACCACUGUCUCAGAUGAUGGAUUCAAGUGAUAAUCCGAAAUGUCAGGCGAAUAAAGCCCUUGUUCCAGGGAUCGCUUCUACUUCUACUUCUUCUUCUUCUUCUUCUUCUUCUUCUUCUUCUUCUUCUUCUUCUUCUUCUUCUUCUUCUUCUUCUUAUUAUUAUUAUUAUUAUUAUUAUUAUUAUUACUAUUAUUAUUAUCGACUACAAGGAUACUCUGAAAACCUCCCUGAAGUGUCCGCAUAUCAGCUCGGCAAAAUGGGAAGGUCUCACUGGGACCAUCCGACGAAGAGGAGAACAGAGAACACAGGCGCAGCAGUCUUCGAAGCUAACCGCACCACCACCUCCAAAGCCAAACGCGAGACACGCAAAUACUAACUGUAAUCGCCACGUCACAACGCCAAGGCCUCACCGCCUCCAACGUGCCCACGAUAUCAGUGGACAUUCCGGGCGCCAACUGGACUUAUUGGACACCUCCAGACCAACGGUCGCACUCGGAAGGUACCAAUCGUCGUCUCUCCGUCCACCUCUCCCUCGCCUCCCACGCCGUCAACUAAAGUUGACCGCUCUUCCGAACCACCAAUACCAUCCUUCUCCUCCUCCUCUGAUUCCCCAGCGUCUGCCGUUGUGGCCUCUGCCAUACAUGUCAACACUACCCACCCUCCUGACACACCAACAAACGCCAACACUACCACCGUCAACAACGGUAACGAGAACCGGGUCUAUAUCUGACCUCAUUGCGAUCGUACCUUUAUCUCACCCAUUGACCUGGUCGGUCAUCUGAGAAUCUAUCGCACAGAGGCUGGCGAGCCAGUGCCUGGAGCACCAACCUGCGCCCGCCGCAUCCUCCUCCACUGUCUGCGCUGUCCUCGCACAUUCACGCACUGCAUGUGCCUAUACGAUCACAGGCGAAUACGCGAGAGCGGAAGUGACAGCAGCCCCGACGAACCUAACACAUCCAGCACACGCACCAUGCCUAGCCUAGCCCACAUUCCGUAACCCAGCGCGUCCACAGCCACCAGCUCCACCGCACUCAGUACAUUUCGCCCACCCACCAUGCUCAGCUCAACCCGCACCCCGUCGUCCAGCGAGCCUACCAUCACCAGCUCCACCAUCUCCGUCAAUGAAUAUGAUACUGACACCGCUGACUUCUCAUGUCCACACUGUACUCGUACAUUCACGGCACGCGUCGGCCUGAUCGGUCACUUUGAGAAUCCAUCGCGCAGAAACUGGCGAAUCAGUGCCUGCAACACCAAUCCACACUCCACGCCUCCGCGUCCGCUAUCAGCAUUGCGCACGCACAUUUAUUCCCCACAUGGGUCUAUUAGGCUACAUGCGCGUCCACGAAAACUAGUGGUAGAGAACUGCCGGCUACACCAGACAAUCUCAGCCACUCCCACCCACAUCACACAACAUCAUCUUGAAGAAGGACACAGGAUGACUGGGACUAGAGUUUUAUUAGUCCGGCGUUUAGGAUUCCUGCUCGAACCAUCAGAGACAAAAGCAGAUGCGGGUGGUUCAUGCAAAAGGGACUGAAUUACUUUUAGGAUGCAGUCGCCAUGCUACCGCAUACCUAUGAAUAUUCACGGCUCCGCCCCCCCCCCCUCCCUUCAGCAGGGAUCGUUGCACCUGCUGUGCUGACUGUCUGAUGACCGACAUUCACGUUAUUAAUUGCAGCAAUUUCAUCACCUGCUUUGGAUGUUGGUGUAAUUAUUGCCCGACCAUCUGAACCACCGACCAUGGUGUAGGUAACGGUGUUCACAUGUGCGCUUCCCGCGUCGCUAAUUACUUCGCUCAGGCGAAGUCUCAGCACUGAAUAUGGAAGGGGAAGUCAUUGCACUUGUUAAUGGAAUUGGGAACCAGUAAACCAUGACUCAAGUAGCUCCCGGCUCACGCGAUUGUCACCUCUUGCGAGGAAUUGGACCUCGUACGACUUGGAUUUGGAGUUGCACACAGACCGCAGGAAACCAUCAGGCGUCUGGUAAUAAAACCGAAAGACCCGCUGCUAUGGCAAGAAAUGAUUGUGGUCGUUUAUCGGAUCUGGUGCAGUUGCGGACAAAUAAACUACGUCGGAAAAAACCGAAAGACAGACCCGAAUGUGAAUGGGCGAACACGCCGCAGCGGUGCAGAGAAAUGACGCCAGCUAUCCAAUUGCGGCUCACUCGACGAGAUACGGACACACAUUGAAAUUCGACGAGGGCGUAAUUCUCGCAAAAGGUGACAACCGCAUGAGCCGGUAGCUGCUUGAGCCAUGGUGUACUGGUCAUCAGCCCAUUAAAAAGUGCAAUGAUCUUCCCCUUCCACACUCGGUGCUGAGACUUCGCCCAGGUGGAGUAAUUAGCCAUGCGGGAAGCGCACAUGUGAACACUUUUCCCAACGCAACUGUCGGCGGGUCAGAUAAUCGAGCAAUCGUCGCACCAACACCCAACAAACGUGAUGAAAUCGCGGCAAUUAACGACGAGAAUGUCAGCCAUCAGACAGUCAGCACAAGAAGUGCAACUAUCCCUGAAUACGGUGAGGGGGGCCGUGAACAUUCACAGGUAUGCGGUAGCAUGACGACUGCAUCCUAUAAAUACUGCAGUCCCUUGUGAAUGAACCCCCCGUAUCUGCCUUUGUCUCUGAUGAUGGGUUGGAACCGGAAUCCGAGAUGUCGCGUGAAUAAAGCUCUAGUCCCAGCGAUCGUGUCUCCUUCUUUAAGAUUACUUCCUGAGACUCGUCUGUUCGCCUCUAUUGACGUCAUCACCCACCACAAGCACCCAAUCGCCACCUCCCACGCAAGUGUGAAGUGUGCGUCUCGGUCCCCUACUCAUUCGGCUCCUCUCGAGCGCAAGACUAUCACGACGCGUGCAGCAUCGUGGCUUGGGUAGCUGUUGACCAACGCCCCAAAUUGAUCCAGACUGUCCGCCCAGUUUUAUGUGCGUUAUGUAGUAGCGAUCUGGUGGGCUGAGAGCCAGGCUGUCACGGCCCCUUCUCAAGCGAUCUGUGACACUCUGAUGAAUAUGAAGAGAGUGUUUGGUUUUGUAUGGCUGCUUUGUAGGCAGUGCCUCUCAGUCGAUGACUGCUUAGUUACCCAACCUUGAAGAAUGGUAGCCCAGGCUAAAUGCAGGUUCACGUGUCACCCUUCAAGGUCAAAAGGUCUGAAAGCGUGUGCUAUGCCUCUACGCCCUCGCAGCCUGGUAUGCGCUGGCAGUUCCCUGGUACCUGAUUACCUGCCAGUAGAUGUAAUUUCGCUCCCUCUGGGUACGCAGGUGGUGGACAUGGUUUCCCAAUCAUCCCCGUCCUCCUGACUCCUGUUGAGGUGUUCUUGUUGGUGCAAAUGUCUGCUCAAGGGUAUGUUGUGGAUGAGGGAGUGUGUUCGCACGCCUAGGUGCGGGUCCGGCCGCACCGGACACCUGCGUCUUCCAUUGCUUUUAUUUUCACAGGUGACAUAUUAUUGAUGGGCCUAUUCGUCAUUAGUAGUGAGGCGACUUUCUGGCGCAUGGUGUGAUUUGCCUCGUCGGUUGCGUUAGUUCUUACGAGCUGAAGGCAUCCUCGGAGCUCGGUUUUGGGAGAUAGCGGUCUUUCAUCGUUUAGAUGCCUAAUAUUAACUUUUGACCAUGAAACGAAAGUAGCGUCGUCAUCCAAAGCACGUAAUUUUGAGUCAUGACACUAGGCUUUCCUAUAGGUGCGCAACACAGGUAAGGGGGUCAUGGAAACUGGACAUCUUUAAUACAUCCCACAACAGUAUGGUACUCAGCUGCCAUAGAACGCAAUCCAUAGUCCAUUUCGAUGCAAACGUACUUAACAGCUGGAAAAAAUGCACGUUUCAGCGUGUAGGUGCAUGUGACAAACCGCAAAUUGAUGCCUAACUGCAACUAUAAUCCAUGUGGAAAUUGAAACGCUGGACUAGCUUUUUCGUAGCAGCUCAUUACACGAGCGCUGACUUAUUUACCCCACAGUGAACAGCACCCAUGAGUUGCACUAAAUAUCCCACAACACGGGAAGGAAUACAACUGGCUUAUGACGGGUAAUAUAACGUAAAAAAGCACCUUGGUCUCUCUUCGAUUUGUCGGUAUUCAAAUUUGCAGAUAUCAUAUUACCUGAUAAUUUAUCUUGUAUAUCACUUAUAACGAGGGCCAUUUAUCGUGAAUAAAGAUGUAGAAACAAAUCCCGCUUAGUGGCGCCAUGCGUCUGUCAUUCCUAAUACCAUUCUGAUAACAAUUUGCAUCUAAACCUAGCCUGCCCUUCAGUAUCUUCCAUAUGGACCGGAAUAUAAUACACAUCAGUCUCCCUGGUUUCAUUUUUGCUGAAAUUAUUUUAAUGAACUAUCACACAGUAACCAACCAUGGGUUAAGCCCGGGAAACCUAAUGAUGAGGUUUUUACAUUUACAGUAGACGUGUCCUCUCCAGGGUUUAUCCGCUUUUAUUUAAAUACAGCAAAACCUACGCACAAAACUAGUUUUCACUAUUUAUUUUCAGCCUUAUUAAGGAUGUUCCACAUCUUCUUAAAGGACCCUACAUUCGAAGGACAACAAGUCGUUAGGGAAAUUGAUUACACUUUAUUUCGUACAUGUUCGACGCUAGCUCCUCAGGUUGUCGUCAGGAGUGUCAAAAGCGUGAGAAACUGUUAAACUCUAAGGUUGCCAGAAAAAUCGAUAUUGCUUUACGAAUGCUACGAUUGGGUCAGUGCUGUGCGCCCUGGUUGGCUAUCACGUUUUUCAUUUUCUUUGAUAGUUGUGUACAUGGCGCCCAGGUCGAUGCGUUAACUGAUGCAUGAACCGUCAGAGUAAAUCACCACCUGAAAUCUUUGGCCCUCCCUUUUUUCUCUACUAUUUAUGUUUAUGACGCCCAGAUCGAUGAGCCGAUUGACACAUGAAUUAGCAGUGUGAAUAACCUUAAAACAUUCUUGACCAUUUAAUAUAGCAGAAACCGACAAUGCGUAUUUUAUUCCAAGCAAACUUUUCGUCAGCUUAUAUCGUAUCCAUAGCGACUUUGGAUAAGUGGUUUUGCUCCCUAACCGUUAAUUGGUGUUCAUGUAGACAUACAGGAUCGGAUUCUGCGGUUCGGCAACAAUAAACUGCAAUACAUGUGCCGCAUAAAACCUUGCAGACGACUUAUGUUUAUCGUAAUAGCCAGGCCUAUCCUAGGGAUGCACAUUCUGGUUACAUAUUGCUACGUUCCUGAGAGACGACUAUUUACAGGAGGCUAUGUCUAGAUACGCGGCCGAACUGAACCCGAAACACGUGCAAUAACAUACAUAUCGUAAUUUUGUAAUAGACAUGCGUUUUCUUUGCUUUAAUAGAACUCCGUUCUUUUAAUUAAACAACCAUGUUAUAUAUCUGUACUUCAGUUUCAGUUUAUUGUUGGGAAACAUAGGUAUUGAAACUAUGAACUCUCUAUUUGUUACACGUAAGCGAAUUAUAUCUGGAAUUUGAAAAUGGAAACAUCAAACACCUACAGAAGUUUUUUUUCAAAUUGACAAAGUUUUGAAACCAAACAAUAAACGAAUUACUAAUUGUCAGUCUCUGCAUAAUUGGUGCGAUCUCAGUUUAUGAGGGAGAAGAAUUGAACGCCAACACUCACUUUGAACGGGCGUGGAACAGUCAUGAAAACAAACGUUACUGAAAUGCAGGCAGUAGUAUGAUAGAAUUAAUGAACUGUUCGAACGAAAUGCUAGGAUGAUAUCGGUGAGGUGACUUUAUUACGUUUAGUGAUAUACUGGUCAAACUUGCGCUCAAAAGCCUCGACGGAGGUGGACAUGACGACAUCUGCAGUCCAAACCUUGAUCACUCUGUCUGAAAAGAAGAUCUUCCGAAUGUCCAUCCUGGCGCCAGUCACGCGUAUUUUAAGUGGAAGAUAUCGGAGGUUCGUUGUGGCUGCUAACGCAAAGAAAUCAGCAGGUAAAUGACAGCAGUCAUUACCUUACAUUAUACGAAAUUUUUGUAUAGGGUCUCCUCUUAACUGUCUGUAACCCAAUAAAAAGAUCCGAAAUCGGAUAACCGUGUUUCUUAGGGUAGUGAGUCCCGUCCACUAACGAGUUUGGUUGCCUGUCCUUGACCAUUCUCAAGGAUGUUGAGACCUUUAGAGGUCCAGGGUUCCCAUGCCCGAAUACCGAACUCUAGCUGUGGCCGUACAAAUGUCCGAAAGACUUUAACGAAGCAGUCCUCAUCGAUGGUAUAUAAAGCUCUCUUGACAAGAUAAAGGACUGACAUCGCGGAUUUGCCUACCUUGGAGCAGUGGGGCGAUUGUUUCAGAGAAGCCGUUACCCACACACCCAAGUCUUUCUGACUUAAUGCAGUGUUGAUCAGUCAUUCGUCUAACUUAAAACUAACAAUUCGCUCGUUAUCGGUCAACAUUUUAAAGGAGCGGACGAAAUUAGGCUAUUUCAUUUUGAUUCUUGGCUAAUCUGUGCUUACGUACCUCGACAGGAAAACAGACUGGCUGGUAGUGUCUUUCAUUCAACUAAAAACUGUUGACUGCUAUUGUUCACUAAAAGGGUAAAAAUACAGUAUGCAGCUAAAAGACGUUCACAAAUACUGCAGCGUUUCAAGCAAAUUUUUCAGUGUCACCAAGCGAGGACGGGUCUGCUAAAUAUAGCUGCGAUCAAUACACGACUAGCGUCGUCUCACGCGCCUACUUUAAUGUCAUUAAAUCUGGCAGGCUUACGUAAUUUGUUCACCGAAAGUGCUAGUAUGCUGUUGUACUAUUAUCAUCUUUAGAAUCGCAUGGGAUGAAUUUGGGCUGCUAAUUUUUUUACAGCCUUAGAUAGAAGUCAUAGCAUAGAACGCAUAUUUUGUGAGAUUGUGCACUUUUGCAGCAGCUCUGGAGUAGCGCAAGUUCUUUUUUGCAGGUUCUGAAGUGCUUUGGCAUUACUGCUUGUUUUGACGUCAUCACAAAGCACUUGAAGCUUGCCAAGACGAAUACCUGGUUUAUGCCGCAUGGCGUACUCACUAGUUCACGCGUGUGAAUCACUGUGCAUAUACCGAAUUAAAUAGAUAAUGCCAGUCUUUUUUCGUUUUAGAGAAAUAUCCUAGGGGAUUUGUAAUACAAAAAAAGCCAGAAAUAAACGACAUGCAUGCAACCUCUGUUAUAUUUUGUGGAAAAUGCGCACAGCUAUUAUGACUACAAAUAUUCGACUUGCGUAAUUUGUACAUGACGGGCAUCUUAACAAGAUAUAAAUUCUGGGGGCCAAAUAACGAAUAUUGGUGGCCAUGACACUGAAAACACAAGUUUAGCAAAACCGCACAAUCUCAAAACACCCCGUAUAGGGCGCUAAGCACGUUGCUGAUUGUAGAGAAUCCCGGACAACAUGCGACAGGCCGCAGUGGUCGACGACAUUGGUGGCAGCACACAGGGCGACAAGAUAGAAGAAUAAUUUGACAGGCACAGGUAUGUGCAUGAUAGGACUAGACGGCGACAUGGUAAGAAAUAAAGGUUUUAUCAGGGUGGAAGGGGAUCCGUCUGAAUUAGAAGAUAACCUUAACGUGCCCCUGAAACAACCGGCGGGGAAUGCAGCGUCGGAAGGGCCUUGUGAGGUGCUGACAUACACCCUUAGCAGGUGAGAUUUACGACGAGAGUUGCGGAAACUGAGGUGAGGGUUAUGCGGUGACUGGACACCGGCAAUUUUACCAAGUCGCGGUUACACCAGCUCCAUCCACGGUCGGCGUCAAAGGUGUUCACCUUAAUCGAAUAAGCCAAUCUAACUCGUGAGGUUUUGAAGUAGGCGUGACAGGUGAGCGUUCAAGGUCAUGGACGCCUGGAUAGGAUAUGUAUUCGCUGAUUAGCCACCCUCCGGCCUAUGAGGUUUCCCGAUUCCAUUUCCUUGUUCACCUCAUCCCAUAACUCACCACAUUUUUGACUUAUGUGGCGUAUGCAUGUCUCAUAUACAACCGGCCUCCGAUUUAAAUGACUGUCAAUCUGCUUACCGAUCAAAAAAGACAUAAAGCUCCAUAUGAAACUCCAUAUAUAAACAGAAAGUGGCAACUCCAAGUAGUGAAUUAUUGAUCUUUUGCAUAUAUGCGAUUCCGUGCAGCUUCAAGUCAUAUUUUACAUCGGAGUACAAAAUUAUUAUGAGACUGAAUUUCAAGAAAAUUGGCGUAACACGAGGUUUACCCUUAGAAGACGAGUUUGUUGGAAGCAGCCUGAGUCGUUGAAAUACGGAAUUAUUUUUGAUAUAAUUUACUUUUACACAAAAGCAAUGGUCGCUAAAUCAGAACGAUCCCCAUUUUCCACUUAUAAAACUACCUUUAUUUAACUGUCGAGAGGCAAUACGCUUGUCUUGAUCAUUGUUUUUUUACCGUUACUCUAGAAUCAUGACGGGUUUUGCAAAACACAAUCCCUAUACCAUAUGCGAAUGGAAGAAACACGCAUAUUUUUUUUCAAUCAGCUCUAAAAACAAUACUUCAACAGUUUUUCCGAUCCCUAUGCGUCAUCUGCAGCGGAGAAAUAGCAAAUUGCUGCUGAGGACCCUGGUAGUGGUGUAUCAGUUUAAAUUGACGCCAAGGUAUUGUGAUGCAUUUCAUACUUCAGUAAAGUAUUGCUGAACACUGAGAAGGAAAAAUGGCCGACAACACCGAUGUAUUGUGCUCCUAGCGUCUUAGAGAUAUCUAUCCGCUGAACAUUUUGAAACUGUCAAAUACCAAAGCGAAACAGAUUUUAAAAUGACUUGCCAAAAUAAAUAACCUUGAAUUGAUCUGAUUUCCUUUCCUCUAACCGCCUCGAACUGAUUAGUUAUGAGUUCUACUAGGGUAUCUAGGUCUACGUACGAAGUGUAAGUUGAGUUGAAUCUUCGGUUAUACCUUUGUGGCAGUCGGUAUUUAGAUGAAUUCGUAAAGUUCACUGCGAUCAACAUAUCCUGGUAUUCUGCAUGUUAUAGGCAGAAUGUGCCACAAUUUGGGGUUGGGUAUGACUGGCUGACGACGGCCAAUAAGCCAGAAAUGGUCGUUCCAGUCUCCCUUGUCUUUGUCGGUAAUGCCAUUCUGCCUACAUAUCAUGCGCCGCUGUGCAGCUGCUGGUUGGGCUCGAAAGAGAGCCCUUAAGGCACAUCGGAACGAGUGAUUUCCAUGUGAACGAUCGAUGAGCGUCCCCUACCAUUGUAUAUUCCCGAUCGAAAACCGACAGGGCGACGGGCUCGUGGCACAGUGGUUAGAGGCGUGAAGUUCUAACUAACAGGUCGCGAUUACGAGCUUUGGGUUUUCCACACGGUGGGGUAGGUUAUGACUGGCUAACGACGGUUAAUAAGCCAGAAAUGACCACUCCAUUCUCCUGUGUCCUUGUCGGUAAUAGAAUUCUGCUUAUAUAUAUAUAUAUUAUGACAGUGGGCGCUCGCCGAUCAGGUUACGGAACAUGCUCGUUCCGCUGUGCCUUGGGGCUCAUACUAGAACCCUCGCAGGCAGUCGCACAGCGACUAGUGGUAGACAUAGAUGAGAUGAUACCGACAAAGACAAGGGAGACCGGAAUGGCCAUUUCUGGCUUAUUAGCCGUCAUCAGCCAGUCAUACCUAACCCCAAGUGUGGAUCACUUGAGAUUCGAACCCGGGAUCUUUGGUCAUGGAGUUUGACGCUCUACCAUUGAGCCACGGGCCCGUUGUCCUGUCGGAUGUGAUCGGGAAUAUCAAUUAUGACAGUGGGCGCUCGCCGAUCAUGUUACGGAACAUGUUCGUUCCGCUGUGCCUUCGGGCUCAUACAAGAACCCUCGCAGGCAGUCGCACAGCGACUAGUAGUAGACAUAGAUGAGAUGAUACCGACAAAGACAAGGGAGACCGGAAUGGCCAUUUCUGGCUUAUUAGCCGUCAUCAGCCAGUCAUACCUAACCCCAAUUGUGGAUCACUUGAGAUUCGAACCCGGGAUCUUUGGUCAUGGAGUUUGACGCUCUACCAUUGAGCCACGGGCCCGUUGUCCUGUCGGAUGUGAUCGGGAAUAUCAAUUAUGACAGUGGGCGCUCGCCGAUCAGGUUAUAUAUAUCGAAAUAAGGAAGAGGUUCUUCGGAAAAAUCGAGCUAUGCACGUAAACCUUCGAGGUGGUGACACCAAGCCGUCGUCAGACUAAAUGAAUUUAAGUGAGAAAGUUAGUUUGUAACAUUAGACUAGUUAGCGCGACAGGACAGACAGACUAUUGGACUAUGAGAGGGAUGGUCACAGAGUCAUGGUAGGUCUCUGGUCGAGAAGGGAGGGGGGGGGAGGCGGGACAAUUACGGAUCCCUGUGCUAAAGGGAGAGGGUGGAUGGUGGAUCAUUUGGAUCCCGGGUGGCUGGAUUGGCGGCCGUUGAUGUGGCAUUAGGGCAGGGGGCAGUAAGUCGUGAGCGUAGGCCCUCGCAAUGGGCGUCCAGGCCAACCUGGCUGUCGAUAUUACCAGCAUUGGAGUAUCAAGCCACAUCAACGGCCGCUAAUCCAGCCACCCUGAGUCCAAUUGAUCUCCAUCCGCCCUCCCCCCAGGACAGGGAUCCGUAAUUUUUCCGCCUCUCCCCUCCACCCUCGCCCAGAGACCUGCCAUGACUCUGUGACCAUCCCUCUCAGAGGCCAGUAGUCUGUCCUGUCGCGCUAACUAGUCUACUGUGACUAACUUUCUACCUUUUUUCCAUUUCGUCUGGCGACGGAUUGGUGUCACCAGCUUGAAAGUUCACGAGCACAACUAGAUUUGUCCAAAGAACCUCUUCCUUUUGUCGCUAUAUCGGCUCGGAAUGCACAGUACUUCUGAUCUACAACAUAUAUUUGGGCGUCAAGCGCUUAUUAUAACAAGACGUUGGGAGAAAUUCGCACAGAAACAGGCCACGACUUUCGAACGACUGGCCUUUCUCCAUCGUUGUCGCGAUCACGACGUGUUACCGAAUUCGCUUCGUUUCAAAACGACGUUGCCGAAUGAGACUGGGAACUUUCUUGCGUGCAAAUACGGAUGGCGCGUUUUGAGUGCUAUAAUGUAUGAUGUCCAUAAUCACUGAUCUUAAAAAGCAGUGCGCUUCAGCCCUACCUGAAAACGUAUUCGAGGAUGUGCAGCAAAGAAUUGACGCCACCAUUAAGUCUGCGAGACUGAAGAAGCGAGUUUGUCAACAGGAGUAAAUCCAAUCUCUUAUCCGCCCUACCACGAGAGUUGUCAACCUUUCGAAGAGGCUUCUGUCACCUGCCGAAGUCAGCCUCCUAUACAAGGAAAUAGGAUUUUAUCAUAGGGAUGCCACGCCUACAAACUUCCUAGCUGACCUUGAGUCGGUUCUACUGGCCUCAGCUCUUCCAGAAGACAGGCGCGCAGAAAUACGCAGCUGUGCCACUGGCAUCCUUCGGCAAAAAAGACGCCAACAAAUCCUACCGACUGAUGAAGCGCAGGGAUUACAAUCACUGAAAUCAGACCACAAUAUUGUUGUUGUUCCCGCUGACAAGGCUGGCGCUGCUGUCAUCAUGGGCAGAAUUGACUACGUCAACAAGGCGAAUGGAAUAUUCAGUGGCAUAGCGGCCUACACUCUUCUUGCCGAAGACCCGACGAAAAAGCAAGCCGCUGCCAUCAAGAAAAAGGUUAAUGAUUUCACUCGUCUGAACUUUAUAAGUGCAGAAGAUUCCAAGUUGGUGAACCUCAGUGAUCCCCAUAUUGCACGCGCGUAUGGUCUCCCAAAAGUGCGUAAAGUGGAUGUCCCACUGAGGAUUAUUGUACCAAUCAUCGGAUCACCCACUUACAAUAUAGUUAAGUGGUUAUACAAUCAUCUGAAGCGGCUCAGUCAUGGAUCGGACUACAGCAUUAAUAAUUUUCAAGAGUUCCUCCAAAGGACCCAAGGCCUCGAAGAACGUGCUGAUGAAUGCCCCCUGUCUUUUGACGUCGUUGCUUUAUUUUCUUUCAUACCGCACGACUUGGCAAUUGAAUGCGUAGUCCAACGCUUGCAGGAGAAUCCUGUUGAGAUUCCAAAUCAGCAUAUUAUAGAACUUCUCAAACUCUACUGGCAAUUCGACAGUAAGUUCGACCGACAGGGAAAGGGAACCCCAAUGGACUUGCCAAUAUCGGGACUGAUCGCAGAACUUGUAUUGCAGCGGUUACGAAAAUAGGUUUUUCAAGCUCUCGGUCCCCAGGUGUGGCUUCGCUAAGUAGACGAUACCUUUGUCGCGAUAAAGAACUGCAAAGUUGAACGGCUGCAUCAGAGGAUGAAUGACGUCUUCCCGACCAUACAGUUUACUCGUGAAGAGGCAAUAGGGGACAGCCUGCCGUUUCUUGAUGUGAAAAUACAAAGGCUGAGCGAUGGUAUUCUCGAGACGAGCGUCCAUAGGAAAGGAUCUAAUUCCGAAAUUAUCCUUAAUUAUGGAAGCAACCACCCCGCAGCUCACAAAAGGAGCUGCGUUCGAACUCUGUUCCACCGGGCCUAUCGUUAUUGCAACAGCGACGAUCUCCUUAAGAAAGAGCUUGCCUACUUGUAUCGGUUGUUUCGAUCCAACGGAUAUCCGACAAGUUUCGUAAAGAACUGCCUCAGACACCAGGCACAACCGCAAGCUCCCACCCUCAACGGGGAACCUGUGUCUCGACAAUUCUUCUCCCUGCCUUAUAUACAAGGAGCGUCCGAAGUAAUCGCCCGGCGGUUAAAUCGCUCUGGUAUUCGCAUCGCCCACAAACCAGCAUCCUCACUACGCGCGGCGCUAUCUCGAAUCAAGGAUCCCCUCCCCAAAGAGCAACAAACAAACGUAAUUUAUCGCAUCCCGUGCUCAAAUUGCUCUUGCGUGUAUGUUAGUCAUACAGGUCGAAGCCUGGGCACCCGUGAACGUAAGCCUUCGUGAUGAGCGUCCAAGUCGACAUGGUGGUUGAUGCUAUUGCUAUUAGAGUGCGAAGCGUCUAGAAAGUUUCGCGCUUGCUUGUUGUUGGCGCUAGCAAUCGAAGGCUUACGUUCACGGUUCGCCGACUUACGCCCACCCCAAGAUACCAACUGCUAAUCCGUGUUCGGCCAUGUAGAAUAUCAGGGAUUCAGCACCUCCCCCACAGAGUGGACCACGUGUGAAACCCUCAACAUCUCCCUAACGUCCGCCACCUAUCCAAACACGUUCUUCACCCCCACACAUAAACGUCUAUCUUGUCGAUGUAACCUUGAUGUCCCCCUAGCUCCCAGCGCGAUUAUCUCCCUCACACUUUUCAUUUCGUCUGACGACGGGUUGGUGUGACCGACUUGAAAAUUCACAAGUAUACCUCGAUUUUCCGACGAGCCUUCUCCUUUUAUUAUAUCGCCUCGGAAUGCAUAUUACCCCCAUUAUGCAUAUGUGCAUAUAUAUAUAUAUAUUAAAGGUAUUAUACCGUACUCCCGACGUAAAUACAUGCUAAAAGCCCUGACACGUGAUUCGCCGAUAUUCUGCUGAGAGGGGUUCGGCUCUUCAAUGGGACACCCAGCGUUCUCUACGCGGUUUCGGGUAUAUGAACUCCAGAGAACAUAUAUCCAACAUAUAUCACUAGUCGCUGUGCGACUGCCUGCGAGGGUUUAAGUAUGAGCCCCAAGGCACAUCGGAACGAGCAUGUUCCGUAACCUGAUCGGUGAGCGCCCACUAUCAUAAUUAAUAUUCCCGAUCACAACCGACAGGACAACGGGCCCGUGGCUCAAUGGUAGAGCGUUCAACUCCAUGACCAAAGAUCCCGGGUUCGAAUCUCAAGUGAUCCACACUUGGGGUUGGGUAUGACUGGCUGAUGACGGCUAAUAAGCCAGAAAUGGCCAUUCCGGUCUCCCUUGUCUUUGUCGGUAUUACCUUUCCAACAAAUAUCACUAGUCGCUGUGCGACUGCCUGCGAGGGUUUAAGUAUGAGCCCCAAGGCACAUCGGAACGAGCAUGCUCCGUAACCUGAUCGGUGAGCGCCCACUAUCAUAAUUAAUAUUCCCGAUCACAACCGACAGGACAACGGGCCCGUGGCUCAAUGGUAGAGCGUUCAACUCCAUGACCAAAGAUCCCGGGUUCGAAUCUCAAGUGAUCCACACUUGGGGUUGGGUAUGACUGGCUGAUGACGGCUAAUAAGCCAGAAAUGGCCAUUCCGGUCUCCCUUGUCUUUGUCGGUAUUACCUUUCCAUAUAUAUAUAUAUAUAUUAUGGUAGGGUGCGCUCACCGAUCGUUCAUACGGAACUUACUCGUUCCGUUGUGCUUUAAGGGCUCUCUCUCGAACCCAACCAGCAGCCGCACAGCGGCGCAUGAUAUAUGGGCAGAAUGUUUUUACCGACAAAGACAAGGGAGACAGGAAUGGCCAUUUCUGGCUUAUUGGCCGUCGUCAGCCAGCCAUACCCAUGCCCGAAGUGUGGAACAUCCGAACCUCUAACUCGCGACUUUUUGGUUUAGAUGUCCACGCCUCUACCCACCGGGCCACCCAUCAUUCUGCCUAUAUAUCAUGCGCCACUGUGCGGCUGCUGGUUGGGCUCGAGGUAGAUCCCUUAAGGCACAACGGAACGAGUGAGUUCCGUAUGAACGGUCGGUGAGCGCCCCCUAUCACGAAGCAAACCAGCUGGUUAUUGGUUGCCUGUUCGUGACCUUUGCCACCCAUACGGAGCUUGUUUGCUUCGUGAGGCCAAUACAUCGGUGUGUGCCCAUUGCUGACUGAAUAAAUACCCGAUCUGCAGCGACUGAGAAUGGCAGGUGGCGAGGCACUGAUGAACGUCGAUUCAAUGAAGUGCUUAUGACGCAUCUGGUAGACCCCCGUCGUGGACCAGCUGCGCCAGGUGCGUCUGCGCGCAUGUUUGUGUUUCUGGUCCCACCUGCUGGUCAGGGUUAUGAUUGGCUGAAUGAAGGCGCAAUAAGUCCGGAACAGUACUGUAUCAAUCUACCCCUCUGACUCUGUCGUCGCCCCUCUGAUAUAUUCAUAUAUAGAUAUGUAAUAUUGUCUCGUCUGGCAUCAUGUUUCAAGUUUGUCUUUUUUGUUAAUGUUUAUGACAGUAAUAUCGGUGGGUUUGUAUGCAGUCAUAAUAAUUUUAAAAUAACGAGUUGAGCUAUGUGGUCGCUGCAACGAGAGCUUUAUUCGCUGGAUGCUGAGCUGUCCUGUUUGAACAUAGCGUCGGAUAAAGCAUUAGAUUACUUCAUUUGAGGGAAGUCUAAUUAUGCCCAUUUUAACCCCCUGUUUGUAAUGUAUACUCAAACUAUUGUCUACUGACAACGGCAUUGUAAACAGUGAUCAUCUGCUUCCCCCAGCCCUGUCCAAUUCUCAGCACAGAAUAUGAGAGAGGUAGUUCACUGCCCUCCUUAAAAUGCUAGACAAUCAGAGAACCACGGCUGAAACGACCCACAGUUCAUGUGAUCGCCACUUAGCGCAAGACCAAGAUGUGUGGUCGAGUCCCAUCGAAUAAACCUCUUCGACUGCUGCUGUCGCUGAGUGUUCAGCUAUUCGGGUCCAGGCCAUUGUUCCAGCUUCCCAGACAUAGUUUCUUUGCCCGCAACUGCAGCAGAUCCGAUAAAAAGCUCUAGCUAUUUUCUAUCAUUGAAUUGGGUACUUUAUUUUGAUUACCUGUCGACUGACCGUUACUCGCGGUCUCUGUGUAAUUCCAAAGGCAGCCGAGCAUCCGUCAAAGCAUAAUACUUCGUCAACCUUGACUUUCGGCUCGCCAAAAGACGCCUAAACAAACUGAUGCACCGCUAUCGCGACCAUUUAGAUGAUUUCCGUUAAAGUUCAGUAUAUGCGUUGUUCUUUACGCUUUACUGAACACUUUAGUCUUUAGGUCAACACAAACUCUACGGCAGACGCCGAUAUCAGGCUAGUCCAACCGGUUGUUUUAUUGCCUCCUAUAGGAAAAUUGUAUGCCCAACAGGACGGGAAGAGCGUGCCGUCUGGCGAAUAACGCUCUUCUUACAAGGAUUGCUCAGCGACUUGGAUUUUCACAUGCAAUGGCAGUUAUUUUAGUCCUUCGUCAUCAUCACACAGAGGCCCAAUUGUAUAUCAGUACCAGUGCGGCGGAGGUGGUUGUCAUUCAACCAACGCCAUUUGAGAACUGCGGUCUUGUACCGAAGGCGGCUAGUUGAUUUUUACACCAAAGAGAGGCCUAAAACAACCUUUCGACUAGCUGCUACACAAUGGUAAUAACUUUGCCAAAAAUCCGCACAUUCUUUCGACGUCGGCGACUUUUUGCCGUUUUGAUAAUUCUUCUCAUCCUGUUUAUACAUUUCGAUGGAUAUUUUACACCUACUUUCCUGCCCAAUCCCCGGAAUGUCUUCUACUACAAUAGACGACCGCUGGAUAAUUCAGAAAUGGGCAAUGUUAACGCCAAACUGAUGGGGCACAUUCCCAUGCCGGAGUUUGAUUAUACAAAAGAGAAGGUGGCUAUCAUCGUGCCUUACAGGAAACGGAGACAACAACUUUUAGUCUUUUUAUCUCGCAUGUGGCCAUUUCUCAGCAGACAGAGAAAGCAAUAUGUUAUGCUUAUCGUAGAGCAGCAUGGCUCCGAAUCCUUGAAUCGCGCUAAACUAUUUAAUGUCGCCGUUAGGGAGAUAAGGCAAAGUGGUUUCGACGAUCAGUUGCAUGGCAUAGACUGUUUCCUCCUCCACGACGUCGACAAACUGCCGGCUUCACCCACCGCUGUCUACGAGUGUGGACAAAAUGUAAAGCAGUUGGCAACUACAUUUCGGUCGCCUGACAAAAUUAAACGGUAAGCUAAUUAUUCCCCGUGCAAAAUGUCAGUGGUUAAAUUCUAAGCAUUGAUCACCAGAAAUGUAAGUGCGCCGCUGACGUCAAAUAAGUAAACUAUUUAUCUAUAUAAAAUGGCUGAUAUUACACUCAUUCACUGGUUGCUGCAACGUAGGCUGAUUUUUUCUGGAUAUAAUCAGUAAUCGAAUCCAUCUCCUUAAUCUAGGGUUUUACUUGUACUGCUGACGAACGCAAUUGCUGUGUGGUAUUAGCUACGAUUAAAUAAGCAAAGCCUCAUAUCAGCGAGAACUUAAUAGAUUAACUUUUAUAGAAGGCAGAAAGAAAAAAAAACGUUUUAAGAAGGCCCUCAUAUUGCUGUAUGUUAAGUCUGCUGGGAGAACAAAGAGAAAUUUUGCGCUGAACACAUACGGUUAAUCAGAAAACAAAAUUGAAAUACUGGAAGAUGACAAAAUAUUGAUCAAGCACUCAAUUCGGCAUUUUAAAAAAAAGUGACAAAUUGUGUAUUAAAUCCGAUUCUCACGACCAAGACGAAUAACAAACUUUAAAUAAAGUCAUCAGUAAUGUUUAAUAAAACAUCAAUAGAUUCUGAUCUCAGAUAAUCGGUCACACUGUCUCUAAUUCCGUUUUUUGAACUAAUCUCAUUUGUUGACAAAUGGUACUGUGAGCAGAUGGAGCCAAACGGCUAUAGUAUUGUUAAAAUCCUUUGCUUUGUUAUACGCUAUCAUUCUGCUAAACCCACACAAAUGCAUUUACUUCCAGGCACUACGAUGAAUUUGUGGGGGUUGCUACAGCCUUCCGAUGGGAACAUGUUGAAAAAAUUAAUGGUGCUUCAAAUAUGUUUUAUGGUUGGGGCGGCGAGGAUGAUCUGUGGUAUCGACUGUGGUCGAACGGGAUCACAGUUGACCGACCUUCGGGGAACGACGGUGUUUUCGACGACUUUGGACGCGCUAAUACGUUGGAUAUAACAAGUGAAGCCCUUGAAUUGCUGAGGGCAGGCAACAUCACCGCUCGGUGGAAAAAUGACGGAAUUAAUCAAACACGUUAUAAACUUCUCGCGAGACAUGAUUACAACUUUUUCAUUUGGCUCCUCGUGUCGAUUUAA